AUGGGUCGCAAAGAUAACAAAGUGCCAACAGAAAAACAAGAAGCAUCUCACAAGUUAAACUUUUUGCAUCAGGUUGGUCAAUUGGUUUAUAAGCUUUGUGGCCCGUGACCUAUAAAAGUUUAAAACUUCAAUGACAUCCACAUUGUAGUAAUUUCGUGCUUUUCACUUGUAGGCAUCCCAUGCAGUUCUAACUAUUAAUCCAGCAAACGUGGAAAUGUCUAGAUUUUAUACAAGUACAAUGAAAGAAAUUGCACGGAAACUGGUAUACAAACUGUAAGUUCUCUAGAAAGCUGUAUGUCUUGCAUUAACCGUGUCAAAUGAGCAAAAAUAAGAACAUCAACCAGCUUGUCCUAAGCUAAGGGCAAAUACGGGUAGGAAUUCUUGAAAUGAAAGAAUGAUUCUCCUGAUACUGAAAAUUUCAUGGAAAAUGCGUAGGAGAAUUCCCUAUAAAAUUCCAAGACUCUGAAAAAAACUGCUGCCAAUUAUUGUGUCAGACUUAACAGUCAGGCAAAUCAGCAUUUGCUAUUUUGUGUAUACCGAACUAGUCAUGUGUCACAACCCAGAUCUGGAUAGUGCUUCUGAUUGGAUGAAGCAGAUUUCCAAACAAUCAGAAGUAUUCCCGGAUCUGGAUAGUGGUACGACAUCAGUAUGGAAUUUCUGCACUUGUUUCUCAGAUGUCCUUUCACGGAGAAACCACUAUACCUGCCAACUCUCACGCCUUAGGCGUGAGUCUCAUGCCUGCGGGUUCAAAACUUCGAUCUCACGCCGGCUCACGCUUGCGGGCCAAUUUCUCAUGCCUGAUUGAAAAAUGUGAGUUGUUGCCGUCUUGCUUGACACAAUUUCCAAAAAUAUGUUAACUCAGACCCAUGUAAGGAACGAAAACCAUGUGUAAAAUGAAUAAAUGACAAUACCUUCCUCGCGAUCUCUGAUUUUAUGGUUAAGCUUUUUCUCGAUACCUUCGCCUUCGGCAGACUUCGAACGUCUUCGGAAGACUUCGGACUUCUUCGGGAAUCUUCAGAAAUGAUCGUGUCGUCUUCAAAAAUCCUAGCACUCCCAGGAUAAACAUCUCACGCUUAUAUCUCAGAAAAAGUUGCCAGGUAUAAACCACCAGUAGCAUGGCAAAGUGUCAACUGUUUUCUCAGGCUAAUCACAAUAAUGCAAUUUGUUUUCUUUUGCAGACAUCAUGCAUUCACAUAAGCUGGGAUCAAUCAAAUAAAACUUUUACAACUGUAUACAUUACAAUAUUAUUAAUGUAGCCUUUGUUUUCAUACUCUAUUAAACACAACGGCUACACUGUCUUGUUAAUUACACUUUCAAAAAUUUUCAUUAAAUUGAUCCCUGGUCACAAACAUUAAUUAAAGCAGAUUUUAAGGACAUGAUGUAGUUUUGGAGGAAGAGAAAUCAAAAGAGUAUCAUAAAGGGUCUCACAAACAAAUUUUAUUUCAUUGAUUCAGGGAUCCAAGCAUUAAAAGAACAACUUGCAAACACUGCAAUGCCUUGCUUGUACCAGGAGUUACCGCAAAGGUCAGAGUUAGGAGUAAGUAUCAGCAAAAUGAGUGAGAUUUUCCCACCACUAAAUGAAAUUAACUCUUUUUACAGUAAUUUAAUAGUCUUUAGCAUUAGUAUAUCAUCUCAUGAGUGAAGUCUCACAACUUUGACUCAAAGAAAAAUGUUGAAUCGAAGUAAAGAGGGUUGGAAAAGCUUUCAGUUCUUAAACUUUGAUCAGGCUGUAUUAUUUUGCUGUUUUCUUGGAAACUAUUCUUGCAAGAAAGGCGGCACAAUAUUGUCUUGUUAACAGGAUGUUAGUUUAAGUUGGUAACAGUAAGAUGGAGGCUUACUUAGUCAACUGUUCUUCUAUUUUGUUUCUUCAUCAGAUAAAAGGGAAAGACAUGUUGUUAUCACAUGUGUUGCAUGUAGGACAGUGAGAAGAUACCUCUGUAGAGCUGACCAUGUCUUGUGGAGCGAGAAAGCAAAUGAUGACAAGAAUAGAAAAGACCAGAAAGAAGGCAUGGAUGCAAGUUUGCAAGAACAUUGUAAACAAAAGCAAGAGAAAAGCUCACAGAAAUGAAUGAUUCAAAAUAGGAAGUGAGUUGUACCAAUAAAAACAUGACUGUGUGAAUUAUAUUAGAUAUCGCAUAUCAGAGUCGAACUUCUGUUAAGCUCAGCUCUCUGUUAAGAUGCCACCCACUGUUAAGUAAGAUUCCUGGAGUUUACCUCUGGUAUCCAGUGUAAGCUCUCCUUCUCUAGACUUGCCAGUUGGCUCGUAUUCACCCAGUCGGAUAGCCUGUUCAUGACAGUGCAAAACCAAAGCAAGAGAGCAAGAGG